AUGUUUUUAAAAAAAAGGAUCGAAAUGAAUCCAAAUGCAUGUGUGUACGCUGGAAGUGACUGGGAGCUUCGACAUGAGAGCACUUGUGUAAACAAUUUGUUGAUACAGAGAACAACAACUUUGCUGAUGACACCACUACUAGAUGAAGGAGCUUUUUCAACGUACUUAUGGCAGAUUUACAUGCAUUGUAAUGAAAAUACUUCGCAUAAGAUAAUUUAA